AUGGAUUGGGAUUGGGACGUUGACUUAAUGUCUUUUAUGGAUCUUGAAAGUGUGAUUAAAAGUCAAGGAUAUGGCAACAUAAAGUGUCUCUGGUAUUGGAACCCCUUGUUUUCAUUUACUCGAGGCCUUCGACCGUUGAAUAAUGACAAAGAUGUUCUAACCUUUAUUGAAGAUGUUAAAGGACAUAGUAUUGUUGAUGUUUUCGUUGAACACCCAGUUGAAAUUCCUGUUUAUGUUGAAGAAGUGAAUGUGGAGCAAGCUAAUGAAGUGAAUGUGGAGCAAACUGAUGAAGUGAAUGUGGAGCAAACUGAUGAAGUGAAUGUGGAGGAAGAUGAUGAAGUGAAUGUGGAGGAAGAUGAUAAAGUUAAUGUGGAGGAAGAUGAAAGUGAAACAGAUCCUGAUUAUGAUCCUAGUGAGGAGGAUGUGGAUGAAAGUGAUAUUGACUUAGGCCCUAAUGUUGAUGUAGAUUGGACAACAGUGUUGCCCAAUGAUGAAACUCAGAAUGCUUCAGGUCAUAAUGCAAUUUCUGAUAACGAGAGUUUUGGUUCAGAUGAGCUUCAAACUCCCCUAGAAAGUGAUGUUGAAGAUGAGACUGAGAGGUUUCCUAUUUUCCAAAAUAGCAAGAAAUUUGAGUUAGGCAUGAUGUUCAAGGAUAAGUUGCAAGUUAGAGAUGCCAUAAAAGAGUAUGCAAUGGAUAAGAAGAAAAAUGUUGUCUUAAGGAAAAAUGACAAGAAAAGAAUGGUUGUACGAUGCAUGGAAGGUUGUCCAUUUUAUAUGCGCUUUAGUAUGAGGACUAACAAUCUAUUUUGGCAACUUGUUAGCUUCACAAAUGAACAUAGCUGUUAUCGGACACCAAAGAAUAGACAAGCAAAAACAGAUUGGUUAGCUCGUAAUUUUGUGUAUACAUUACGACAUAGUCCUGACAUGAAGACUAAAGGUUUGAUUGCAGAAGCCAUGCAGAAAUGGGGUGUCAAGUUAUCAAGUGACCAAGCUUAUAGGGCCAAGAGGAAAGCAAUGGAGCUGAUUCACGGGGCUGGCCGUGACCAAUUCACACACUUAAGGAGGUAUGCUGAAGAAUUACUCAAAUCAAAUCCAAACUCGACGGUUAAGAUACAAUGUGCUGUUUCCGAAGGUGGUCCUGUCUUUGAGAGAAUUUAUGUGUGCUUGGAGGCAUGUAAGGCUGCAUUUGCAACUACAUGUAGGCCACUUAUUGGGUUAGAUGCGUGUUUUUUAAAAGGGGACUUUGGAGGUCAAUUGAUAUCUGCUGUAGGUAAGGAUGGAAACAACAAGAUGAUGCCAAUAGCAUAUGCAGUCGUGGAAGCGGAGACAAAAGAUUCAUGGAAAUGGUUCAUAAAUUUAUUACUUGAAGAUCUACAAUCCAUUCAUCACAAGGUCUAUGGUUUCAUCUCCGAUCAACAAAAGGGAUUGGUACCGGCCAUUCUAGAAACCAGUCAACAUGUUGAACAUAGAUUAUGUGUGAAACAUUUGUAUGGUAAUUGGAGAAAGAAAUAUCCAGGGCUAGAAAUGAAGGAGGCUUUAUGGAGGGCUGCUAGGGCCACAACUAUACCAGGGUGGGAGAGAGCAAUGAAUCAUAUGAAAGAGCUCAAUGCUAAGGCUUGGAAAGACAUGAUGGAUGUUCCAGCAGCUUGUUGGAGUAGAUCUCAUUUUAAGACAGACACACAUAGUGACUUACAAGUAAACAACAUGUGUGAGGCAUUCAAUAGAGCAAUUUUGGAGUACAGGGACAAACCAAUCAUUACACUGUUAGAAGGAAUCAAACACUAUUUGACAUUAAGGAUUGCAACUCAAAAGGAAACUUUAGGUAGAGUCAAAGGCAUCAUAACUCCUAAAAUCCAACAAGUACUAGAAAAAACAAAGAGGGAGGCUGAAGGAUGGAGUGCAACAUGGCAUUCAGAUGAUGAUUUUUCACUUUUUGGAGUGUCAAAUGGUGUUGAAACAUAUGCUGUGAAUUUAUUGCAGAAGAAAUGUGGUUGCAGGAAAUGGGAUCUAACAGGGAUACCUUGUUGUCAUGCUAUUGCUUGCAUAUGGUUUAACCAAAAGGAACCAGAAGAAUAUGUGUCAACAUGCUAUAGGAGAUCUAUUGUGAUGGCUACUUAUAGCCAUAUCAUCUUGCCGACGAAUGGCCCACAACUAUGGGCUAAUGAUAUAAAUGAACCAAUCCAACCUCCGGUCAUGAGGAGAGCUAUUGGUCGCCCAAAAAAGAACCGUAACAAAACAAAUGAUGAGCCAAGAAGCACACACACUUUACCAAGAAAACAUUAA